CGGCCCACUGUUUUUGGACGGAUGUGGGGAAACUCCAGCCAGCCGAGAACUACGCCGUAGCUGUCGGCAAAAUUUACCGCCCGUGGAACGACCCCAAUGACAAACAUGCUCAGAAAUCCGAUGUAAACGAGAUCAGAGUCCCACCACGAUUCCAAGGCGCCUCCACCAACUUCCAGGAGGACAUCGCCAUAUUGCGGUUGACUCAAGCAUUUGAAUACAAAACCUACGUCAGACCUGUAUGUCUGAACUUCGAUCCAAACUUUGACAGUACACAAUUGCAGAGCGGGAAGUUGGGAAAAGUGGCAGGCUGGGGUCUAACAGGGGAAAACGGACCGGCGUCUCAAGUCCUUAAAGUGGUGGAAUUGCCCUAUGUGGAUAUCGAAGAGUGUCUCAACAGAGUACCGCUGAGUUUCAGGGAGUUCAUCUCUAGUGACAAGAUUUGCGCUGGGUAUGGUAAUGGUACAGCCCUAUGCAAAGGUGACAGCGGCGGCGGCCUAGUGUUCCCCAAUAAAGACCGCGGUAUAGAGCGGUUCUACCUUCGUGGUUUAGUGUCCACAGCACCAAAAAACGAAAAUGAUUGCAACGCAUUCACUUUGACAAGUUUCACACACGUUAUAAAACAUGAAAUUUUUAUUCAGAAAUAUGCUCAAUAAUUGAUUUAAACCAUGGGCCAAUGACUCAAAAGGACUGUUAAACUCCAUACUAAGGAUUGUGACUCUGAAAAAGAUCAAAUUCCCGUCCUACAUCUAGAUGGCGCUGAUCAAUAACCUGGAAGCAGUUUAUAUUAUUAUGUAAAUAGCCGUGGAUAUUA